CUGUGAGUAGUGGUGGUUAGUACAGGCCACCACCGCUCUCGGGUCCAUGUACAUGUUCUCGCCACCAUGGUCAGCUACAACACGACGCGGUACAUGAAUGAGCUUCUAGACAAACAUGCUCCCGACCCACCAUCGUUUACUGUUCGUCUCUAUCCCGAGCACUGGACAAUCGGUGGUUCCAGGUUUCUAUACAACAACCAGAUGGCGUCUCUACUAGACGACAUACAGGCUCAGCGGAUACCCAACGACUUCCUUGAGUUGUUUGAUUCGGCUAAAGUCGCCUUCUAUGAUGGGUGCAUGAUUGUAGAGCUACUUGAUUACCGUCCACUAAGAGUCAAAGAUCCAGUACUAGAAACACCCGAACGGACCAGGGUCGUACUAACCCCCAAUGCGGAAACACUGUGGUCCGAAAUAUGUCUUAUGAACCAGAAGAACGGUUUCCAUUGGACAGACCAAGACGCGCUCGAGGUCGAGUCCAAAAUUCUUCUGGCGACUGCGCCACCGUUAUGUUUGGACCCUGAUCCUCACCUAACUCGGAUAGCUAACAGCAUCAUGCGCGUAUCCGCUCCGACACCUCCGGUAUCCUUGAAACGAAAGGCCGCUGUCAUGGAGGAAGAGGACGAGCUCGAGCGUGCGCGCCGGGCCAAGAUCAUGCAGUACAUGAACCCGAGGAUCAAGCCUGUGGUACCAAGUUACCGCAUACUGGAUGUGAUACAGCGGACAAAAAUGCAACGCGUUCAAGCACCUGCACAGGGUACCGCCGCACCAGCGACUCAUCCGAUACCAGUGGCCGCCCAACCAACAGCUCCGGCGCUGACUGCACGACCUCCUUCGACUCCAGCUCCAGCUCCUUCCGGGCCUGCUUCUACCCCUACACCCCCUGUACCAGCUGCUACAGCUUCCCCAGAGGCGAGGAGGAAGAUUAAAAGAUCGGAGUCUAGCCAAUCUCCUCUUUUGGCAAGACCAUCGUCUACAUUGCCGCCUAAUAUACCUCCACAUGUGCAAGUUUACCAUGCUCAGGUUGGUCGGAAUACUCCGCCAUCUCAUACCCCACGACCACCGUCUUCGGCAACAAUCGCUUCCAGUCCCAUUGUCGCCGAGAAGCGUCCUUCAUCAGCCAUGAAGCACGGCCAGGUACAUCCAACCCAGCAAGCUCAACAUCCUCACACACAACCACAUGCCUCUCCAGUGCCGCAACCUCGACAGCAACAAUCCAAUGCUGCUUUACAUGCACAGGCGAACGUCACUGCUGUUAAUGCUACCAAUUUUCUGGUCCAGCAAGCCAAGGUCAAGACGGCAGCACCCGCGACUCCAGGGGUACCCGCGCAUCAGACGCCGAUGGUGUACAACUACUACGCCGCUCAGCAACAUCUAUUGGCCCAACAGAGAUUAGCUGCACAAGCGCAAGCGCAAGGCUCUAGCACACCGGUUCCUCAAAUGAUGCCGAAUACUGUAGCAACUCCGCAACAACGAAGCAGUCCCAUGGUCACAGCUCAAAAUUUGGUCUCACGUUCUCCGAUGCCCAAUGCUCAACAGCAGCAACCACAUACAGGUCAUCCGCAACAGCAGCCGUAUAAUAACUUCAAUGUGCAGGCAUACGCGGCUCAGAUGCGACAGCAUCCACAUUUCGUCCAGCAUCAACUUGUCAACAAUGGAACACAAAGUCAUGCAGCGGGUGGACAGCAAGGGCAACACCCACCGACUACGCAUGACCAAGCACAACAGCAGGCCGCUAUCAUGGCUCAAUUCCCGAUGUACGGUUACCCAAUGAAUAUGCAGCAGCGGCAGAACCCUCAAAUGUAUUGGCCUGUGGGGAUGGGCAGAGGUAUGCCAGUUGCGAAUGCGCAACACCAAAUGGCUGGGAUGGCGGGCCACCCGCAGCAGAUGCCACUAGGUGCUGGCAGGGCUAUACCUGGAGGGAUGCAAGGGUCAUGACGCAUGGAAGCAACCUCAGUUUUUUUUGUGUAUCUGUAUCGUAUAGAUUAUUCGAGUAUGUAUGUAUCAUAUAAUGGUCGGGACUUGGUGAUCCUCUGUAGUUUCUGUAACUUAUUCAUUUCUUGUUUCAGCGAUUUUUAUAUAGCACUUACUUCUGUCUACCGUAUUGUGCGUUUCUUAAUGGUGAGGUUAUAUGACACCGUCAAGGAGCUUCUGGACGUCGAUCAGAUGCUUCCGGUCCAAUCGACGACACCACACUUGUCAAAUGCAGCACAGAGAAAACUUGGAAGGAUUCCGCGAACCUAAUCGACGUCGACCGGCCCACAAGGGACACCCUCUACCAUAUACAUGCCUUUUCUGGUUAUUGCGGUCGUCGAGUUCAUAACGCAAUUGCUCGUGGUUGUCUAUCACGUUAGAAGAAGUAUAGUACAGACCAGGACAUUGCGGCGCGUGGGUGAGAAGGCGCAGCCUGAGCGUGCGCUGCCAAGGGAAUGAAUACGGCAGGCUGAU